AUGGAGGGCGUGCCGGUUGACAUGGUCGAAGAAGACGUUUCCAGUGAACUUGCCCAGUACUAUCAUGUCCGGGGCCUCGAGGACGUCCGAGUUAUUCGCGACAAACAAACAAAAAUAUCACGGCAACUUGCGUUUAUCCGCUUCCCUUCUAUCGAUGACUCGCGUAAAUUCCUGGAAUUGAACUUCCCUGCGAUAUACCUGUAUGGCAAAGCCGGGGGCGAUGGCCAGGGCGCAAGGGUCAGGAUUGCCUACAGCCGUGAGCGAGAGGACCGUAACAGGGCUCGAGCUGACGGGGAAUGGACCUGUAUUAAUUGCUCAAUUGUCAACUAUCCUGGUCGACAACGGUGCUUCCGCUGCCAGGUAUCCAAACCAGAUGUUGCCGUACCGCCCAUGGAGGAGACUGUCAAGGUAGCGAACAACGGGGACAACGAUGUUUCAACCGAUGGCACUCCCUCGCAGUUUCUCCUCUUCCGAGGCCUCGAAUCGAGCGUUACCGAGGAAGUGCUGGCCAAGGGUGUUGCGAAGCUUUGCAAACAGUCCAAGUCCGCUGCGGCUUCGGCCUCUUCUGCUUCAUCCGGGGUCGGUGGAGCACCGGCAAAGAAGGGAGCCAAGGUCGCGUCUACAACCGGCGACAGCAAUCUCGGGGCUCGAGAUGGGUCAAUUCGUCGUGUUCUGUUGGUACGAGAUCGCCGAACGAACGAGAGCUGGGGGUAUGGAUUUGCGGAGUUUGCGACUGUGGAGGACGCUCAGUGCGCUCUUACUCGCUACACAUCCCUCGACACCUUUACCAUCUCCUCAAAGCCAGUGCUCGCCUCGUACAUCCACGCCGGCGUGUUUGUACCGGUUCUUAAUCUCAACCCAGAUGUUCAUAGCAGCGCUACGAGUACGAACAGUGAGCUUGAGCGAUUCACCUUUAGCCCCCUUGGCAACUUGGCUGCGAAGCUGGCUUACUGGGAUGAGGAGGCAUAUGCCAGCGAACUCAAACUUGCCACAGCUGCUGCCACGAGCGAACUCAGUGGAAAGGCAGGGGGAACGGCCUCCACGUCCGGACAGAAGAUGAGUACUGCCAGGGCAGCGCACCCUGGCCGGGAUGGAGAGAAAGAGAGGAAGAGGAAGAAAGUGGAGGCGACAGCAGGGGGUGUUGCUGGCUCAGCAACGAAGAAGAUCGCCAUGGCUUCGCAUCUCCAAUUCUGGAGCAAUCGCCAUGCGGAGUUGCAUGGCAUCGAUAGACGCAGCGCCGAGACGGGCGAUGGGGAUCACUCCAACGACCCUGGCACGGCCGCUGCCCGAUCACCAUCAACACCUCAUAUUCAACCGGUCCAUCAGCAGCAGCAUCAGCAGUCAGUUCAGGCAGAGCAGCCACAUUUACAAGGACAGCAGUCCUACGCCGACCUUAACCGAUUGUGUUGUUAUUUAUGCAUGAGAGAGUUCAAGUCAGAGGCCCACGUUCGCCAGCACGAACGGCUGAGCCAGCUGCACCGUGAGAACCUGCAAGAUGAGACACUGAAGGCUAAGGCACAGGCAAAGCUGGCAAAGAAGCGAACCCUCACGGCGGACCAGACAGAGUAUCGCGAUCGUGCCAAAGAGCGGCGGAGGGUGUUUGGUUCGUCGAAGAGCAGUAAUAGGAAGAGAGAGGCUGAAGAUGACCGCCAGGAUGAGUACGAGCAAGGGCUUGGCAGCAACCCUGAUGGCACUGAUAAUGCUGCUAGCCCUCCACCAGCGCUGUCCAAGGGUGCUGCCCUGCUGGGGAAGAUGGGCUGGUCGGCUGGCUCUGGUCUCGGGGCGGAAGGGAGCGGCAUGAAACAGCCGGUGGCAGCAGACUUGUACGUGCAGGGCGUGGGACUGGGUGCGCAGGGUUCAAAGGUUGGAGAUGCAGUUCAGGAAGCUGGCCGAAACACGCGUGGGAAAUAUGAUGAGUUUCUCGAGAAGACUCGAGAACAUGCGCGCGAACGGUACGAGAGGAUGAAGGACGAGCAGGGCUAG